AUGUCUACCGAAGAAAUCCCACAAGGUGCUGAUGUCAACAUCAUUUCAAAUAAAAACGAAAAGAAAGCCAGAGAAUUGAUCAAGAAAUUGAACUUGAAACAAAUUAAAGGUAUUUCCAGAGUUACUUUUAAGCAAAAAGGUAACUUGAUUUACGCAAUUGACAACCCAGAUGUCUACAGAUCAGCUGCUGGUACUUAUGUUGUUUUUGGUGAAGCCAAGGUCGACGACAUGAACCAAAGAAUUGCUGAAGCUCAAGCUCAACAAGCUCAACAAGAAGCUUUGUCCAAUGCUGCUGGUGCUGCUCCAGAUGCUUCAACUGCUACCGAAGACAAGUCACCAGAAGCUAUUACUGCUGAUAUGGAAAAAGCAAGCUUGUCUGAAAACAAGGUUGAAGAAGUUGAUGAUGAUGAUGAAGAAGUUGAUGAAUCUGAGUUUGAUCCAAAAGAUAUCGCAUUGAUUGUUGAACAAACCCACGUUUCUAGAUCCAAGGCAGUAAAGGCGUUGAAGAACCACAAUGGUGACAUGGUCAAUGCACUUAUGGAGUUGUCUUAG